AUGUCCAAGUGCUGCGGCUGCAUCGGCGUCUGCGCGAUCACCGAAGCGUAUCAACCGCUAAAGACUCACACCCACCCGCGCGAUAUCGUUCAAGAAACGUUCAGAAACGGCAGGGAAGUCCUGAGAAGUCCAAGAGAUCGUCGCAGGAAGCCCAGUGUUCGCUACGACGUCGUGAGGACUCCCGGAAGUGGCAGCGAGCAGUCACAUCGCCAUCUGCCUGGGACUUUGCGAGGCUCCCUGAACCAUUCUCAUAAUCAUCCCCACAGACAUGAACUACCACCGUCGACAUACCUCACACCCCCUCCGCCACCAUCAGCAUCGAGUUACAUCACGGUGCAGCGCGGCUGCGCUCUGCAUUCGAGGCUCGACCAGCCGGUGACCAGCUCUACGCCCGGAAUGGACAACAAAAAGAUUGUCCAGUCGAGCACACCGCCCGCCGUACCGGUUCAGGUACGUAGCAAGCACGAUGGCUCGGUGGUGGCAGCUUCCGUGUCGGGGGUGCGCAGGCGGAGCGGUCCUCAAGGCGGUCUGCGUUCGCCCGCUGCGAAAAGACCCCUCUCCGCCCCCGUUGCACUGCAGGGAUGGUUGCAUAAACAAGGUUCGGAGGGUCUUAUGCUAUGGAAAAAGCGUUGGUUCGUUCUCUCCGAGUACUGCCUCUUUUAUUACAAGGGCCCAGAGGAGGAGAAACUGCUAGGUUCGAUAUUACUACCUUCGUAUAGAGUUACUAUCUGCAAACCCGAAGACAAAGUCAACAAGAAGUUCGCCUUCAAGGCCGAACACGCGAACAUGAGGACUUAUCACUUCGCGGCUGAUAGUCGAGAGAGCAUGAACCAGUGGGUGAAUGCUCUGACUCUGGCAACGCUUUUACAAGAUCCUAGCCCUGGCGGGGGCGAGGCUGCGGUAGUCAUAGAAAUAGCGCAGGAUGGUGAACGAAGCGCUCGACCUAGUGUCUCGUCGAUCUCGUCGAUCCUGAAUCAGAGUGCCGACGACAGCGACUCUGGCUUUCACGGUUUCCAGUCGCGAGACGAUCCCAGUCAUGCCUCCAAUAACAACUCCAGUCCGAACAGCGCAAACACUGCCUCUUUCCCGAACCUCAGUGGUAGUAACAGCAAUGGUAAUUCCGCCAACAACAAUCACGCGAGCGAUUUGGGUCAUCCGAUGAUGAAUGGUUGGGUGCAACAGUCACCGCAAUACGGCCAGCCCGGCACCUCUCAACCGCAGCAGCAACAACAGCAGCAGCAGCAGCAGCAGCAGCAGCAACAGCAGCAGCAGCAAUACGGACAUUUGCUGCCGUCGCAACAAUUGCAGCCGGGCCAUUCGCAUCAACAUCAAGCGUUGCUUCAUCAUCACUUGCCGCAUCAGAACGCACUUCCGAUUCAUCAAUCAUCGCAAUUACAUAAACAUGUGGUCCAACAGUCGCCGCAGCAGCAGCAACAGCAACAGCAGCCCCAGCAGAUACCUGGUACGGGCAGCAUUCAAACGAUACAACCUAUGCCUCGAACAAAAUUUGGACAACCGAUUUACGCGAACGCACCGCCGAAGCCUAGAAGACUAACAGAUGGCUCCAACGAGUACUCGACGCCAUCGCCGGAUAUGGAUUACCGGAAGAGCCCGGUCUCACCGGAUGUUACAGUUACGAGCAAGAGCCCGAUGUCCGAUUACGAAAGGAACAACACGAUCUAUGGCACGCGGAUGAAUCAGCCGUCACAACAGAGUCUACGAAUCGACAAAUCAGGCCUGCAUUAUGGCUACGGUCAGACCUCCCAAUCGACGGAGAGAAGAACUCCUGACACGUAUGGUCGCAGUGCGAAACCGAGGACCAGCAGCAGGGGCAACGGUGAUUACGAGGAGGUUUAUGGCACUCCACAGCUUUAUCAAAGACCUGCAGGACCGGUCGGUUACACCAAAGGCGCAUCACCAGCGCCCAUUCCCAUCCCCGUGUACGCGCAACAACAGCAUCUGCAGCAACUGCAUUCUCCCGUCAUCACGCCGCCGAACAUGGCAAUAAUAAGGCAAUCUAGAACUCAACCACCACCGCGACCGCAUAGCGCAGACUUUCUCGAGUAUGAAGCAGCAAGACGUCCCCAGCAACAACCCACGCAAUGCGAGAGACCCCCGGAUCAACAAAGACGUCCGCAGAGGCCUAAAUCCAGCUUAGAUAUAGUGAACCCUUCAGAUACGACCAAUGACGGUUACUUCUAUUCUGAAGAAAGAUACGCAGCUCAGAUGCGGCAAUCUGCGGUGUAUUUGCAUCAAACCCCUCAACACUACCAGCAGCAGAGGAAUCAGUCUCUCUCGCGUGUCACAAUGCAGCCGAAGCUGCCAGGUAUCCGCGAUAAAACCGAUGAAAAUAGAAUAUCCACAUUGUCGGAUUCUACUUGCCCUGCUCUGAGACGCGUACAACGGGAUCACGUACAUCAGCAGCACACGAUACCCGCUCAGUCGCUGACGCAGAGACAUUCCGAGAUAAUGGGUGCUGAUCCGAAACUUCGAAGAUCUUUGCGCGAGAAGAGCUGCGAGGCGAAUGGCCGAGAAACGCUGACACAUGGUGAAGACAACACGAUUCCUCGUAGAAUACCACGCGGCGAGUACGACGGGUGGGGAAGAGCAGCGGGUCAUGCUGCCCAUGGAACCCACAUCGCUCAGACGUGUCACGCCGGUCACGCAGGUGCCAGCAGACGAUGGAGCGAACAGCAGCAGUUCUGCAGAUCGGCAUCGGCGCGUCUGCCAAGGACACGGCAUCCUGCCGCCCUUGAUCCCGACGACGACGACUACGCCGAGAGGUCCUCCGAACAGGACUCGCGGGAUGGUGAACGCAAGAUUCAGCAGCGCGAAGAAUCGAUGAAGCGGCUGUUAGAAUGGAAGCAGCGUAUGCUGCAAUCUCCGUUGACACGAAAGCCAUCCGGUUCGGCCAAUAGGGGCAGGGUGCAAAAUGAUCUUUCGAGUUACUACAAGCAACAGGCGCUGCUGGAUUUGGCAGCGCACGAGGCCGCCGUAGCGGAGAAUCGUCACUCCCGAAGGCGAGAGGACGGGCAUCGUUCGCAUGUCAGGAGUAAGAGCUCGGACGGUCGUCGGACCGCCGUCAACGUGCCACGCUACAACAGCUAUUCCAGCGAUGACGAAGAGCUGGGAGAUGUCCGGAGGAAGCGCUCGCGCAGACCCACGCAUGCAGGAAGGAGCCCCCGGCACGCCGGCGACGAUCGGUCAUCGACGGCGACGGCGACGUCCGCCGUCCAGGACGUCACGAUACCCGGGACCGGCCGCACGAGUGUUAAUCAGACCUCGCAGUCACAAAUCCUUAACAGUCGUAAAGCGAACCCGGGGAGCAUGCUCUCCUCUCUGGGUGGUAUACCACCGGAUGCCGGUUACGACGAGGUCAGCUUUCCGCCGAUGAUGAGAAACGAUUAUGCGUACGCAUCGUCCUCAGCAGACAAACAAUCGUUAUCUAGAAGAUCAGAUCCCGAGACCGCCUUUGAGGACCCUGCGAGGCACAAGACUCCGAAGAAACCACUGGGUAUUUUGAAGUCGUCAACCGCCUACGGUUUCGCUCAGCAAAAAUUUGACGGACAACAAACAAGUAUGACCGAGAGCAAUAGAUCCGACAAUUUGUGUGGUUAUCGAACUAACGAGUCCUGGCACGUUCAAAAGAACGUACAAUGGGAUUCCAAGGACGAUAAUGAUGAAUGGGAUCCUGGCAUCGAUGAGAGCAAAGUUAUAAAAGAGUUUUCUUAUCAAUACAUUAACCCUAAGAAAGUGCCGGUGCCAUCGAAAACGGAAGAUGAGAGCGAGAAAUUUGAAACUAUGAAUCUGGUUCAAUGUAGAAUUAGGUCUUUCGAGAUGAACAUGGAUGGCGCCAGUCCGGUCAAGGAAAUAUUGACUAUGCAGGAGCCGUUGAAAGUAUCGCCACUGCAAGCGACUGAAGCUCAUGUUUCAAAGCUUGACUGCGCAAACAAAACCUCGUCUGUCAUACGCAGUUUCGCUUUAGGUGAUACAAAUGCUUCGGAGAAUGCUUCCAAGCACAAAAGCAUAGAAGAAGGACAUGCUAAGCAAGCUUCAACUGACAGUAACAAAUCAGUCAAAGAUCUUUUAGCGGAUUUCGAACGAAAAUCACAACAGACUAAUCGAUCGAAAUCCGAGAAGCGGCAAGACUCGAAGCAUCGCGGAGAUUACGGUGAUAAUGAAACGUUACGAUAUGAUAUUGGAAGUAAUUUGGACCGACGAGAUAGAGACGAUGAGAAAGAAAAAUUUAUUGAGAAGAACGAAGAUAUUACGCAACAUUUUACUUUGGACACUCUGUAUACAGAUGUCGUACAAAAUUCUGAUGAAUCUUUGAAGCAAAAUAAAAUGAACAGUUCAAAGGACAGUCUGACAGAACAAUCGAGUAAGAAUAUACAAUGCGUGCCAUCAACUGAUUUAAAUGUUAUUCCGAGUCCUAGCUGUACAAGAACAAGUAUGACUGAAUCUUUAUUAACACACAGCGACCAAUUCUCCACUGACAACGAUAUCAUUUCGAACCAGGAUGAUAUUAAUAGUGAAGAUCACUAUCUUCCCAUGUCUCCUAGAAAGGCCAUAUUGGAUCCUAACAGUGAUGAUAGACCGCAUCCUAAGAUGAUGGAAAGUCUAUUCGCCGAUGAAGAAAGCUCGUAUGUGGAGAUGGCGCAAAAUGGAAUGACUCGUUCUCUUUUGGCACCGAAUGAAGACGGCAGAAAGCAUGAUUCAGGCGAUUAUUCUACAUUGGACCCGUCGUCUCACUACGAAUUUGUCUGCGUGCGGGAUAACAAGAUGGAGCCGGUAUAUAUGGAAGUGAAUCAAUUGUCCGAAAAGGAGGACGAAGAUGGUAGUAAAGCAUCCUCGAUGAAAAAGAGCAGUGCCAGUGAGAAUUCGCCGCAUUCCAGAGGCGAUCUGCCCGACAUCUUGACGGCACUCAAAUCCGACAGUUCUGACGCCGAUGAUGAAUCGUCCAAGGACCUAGAAUCCAUAGACGCGCCACGGCAUCCGCGAUUCAGUUUGUCCGACACCUUCCGACCGGCUUCAUACUAUCUGGGAGCUAGUCGCAACAUGAUGGCAGAAUUACACGACUCGUCGGACAGUGAGCUAGUAUCCCCGCCACCAAUACCGACCUCUCCACCACCGUUAGAUGAUUUAGAAUCAUUGGAUAUGCAGGAAUCGUUAGAAAUAAAGAAGGUCUCGCCACAGGUGACUACGAUGAAAGAUAAUGCGUUGAAUCGCGAUUCUCCAAAAUCUUGGAAUAAACCAGUAGGACAAAUAGAGACGCACAGGCCACCGUCAAGGUUCUCUGAUGCAACCAUCAGCUCCACUUUUAGAGAUAGCAGGAUAUCGUUGGAAAGUGCGUCCGGAAGCGAUUCGAUCGAGCUUAGAAAUCCAGAAGAAGAAGCAAGAUACAGGCAGUUGAAGAGAAGACCAGUCAGCGAUGACGUUUGUGAAGUUCUAGAUAGUCUGGACGAAUUAGAAUCGUUGGGAAGUCGCUUCGACGGCGCGAGCAUUGACCUCGAUCAAUACUUGGAAGAAUUACAAGCUAGAGAUGCGUUCAACGUGGAUCUUUAUGCGAAAGAUCCGAGCUACAACAGUAUCUACGGAUUCAACGAGAAUAUGUUGGUGGUCGAUAAAUUGCAGAAGACCACGUGUCAGGAUUUAUCGAGGAAGAUGAAAUUAAUGUCCAGUAAUCUCGAUCGGCCGUUCGAUUAUUCCGGCAAAAACAAGACUGGCUCGGCAAGCAGCUUGCCAUCCAUGAGAGUAUCCGAUUUACCGCCAACUCAUCAACAUUCGCAGUCCUUCACCGGCGACGCACAUUACGAAAACGUCGCGAGCUUCUCACCGCUUCGCGGUUCGCCGGCGGUUCGAUCCGACAGCGAGCCACCGCGCGAUCACAGGAUGCAGAGCACGUCUCAGAGCAUUAGCGCACUGCCAAUCUCUCAUAGCAGGGAUUCUAGUUACUCGAAUGCAUCGGCCGCGGUGUCCAUCUCGACAUCCAUGGCUUGUCAGAGACCCGCGAGCGCGCAAUCUUCGAUGCACUCCCCUAUUAGCGCAUCCAUGUCCUCAGUGAAUCACGGCAGCACGCUGACGAAUAUGCUGCAGAACGUGAACGCGUAUUCCGAGCAAAGGUUUCCGAAUCACUCAAGGUCCGCCAGUCACGACACAUGUGUGCGACAUGUGCUGCCGAACCAUCGAUCGACUUCCAGCCAGGAUUCGAGUCAUUAUCCCAAUCCAAUGUCGAUGCAAACUAUAAACUCUGUUCUGCAGCAAUCAUAUUUACCAAAUGCCGGCGAGCAGCGUGUUCAAAGUGAUCAAUCGGGAGCACCCUAUUACUAUUCUGAUCUCCAGGCAAGUGUCAACAGCGUGGACAUGGAGCUGACCAAACCGAUGAUCGGCCAUACCUCACGAUUGCCUCAACUGAAUAAUCAGAGGGAUGACGCGGCGAUCGGCUUAAACAAGCGGAAUGAUAUCGGUCGUAUAGUGAAUCCGAUUGCGCGGCAAAUGCCGCGACAAAUUCAAGUAGACGACAUAGACGAGGCUAGACGUAUCGCUGCGGAAUUGAGGCGGACGACCUGUCAACUACUAGGCGACAAUAAGGCUGCUCUCGUAGAUAAGAGAAAUUUCUACGAAGCUGACACGCUACGCCGGGUAAAGUCCACUGAUCCACUGCCAGAUGUAUCUCUGCCCGAGACUAGAAACUUAUAUCCCCACGGUCUUAGAGAUAAGUCCGUUAAUCCAGGGAACGUCGAUAACACGGAACCGACGCACGUCACACAGGCGUCUCAUCGUCGGUCAAGAUCUCUGGAGGGAUUACUCGACGACGUCGGCCUGCAAAAUUUAGUAGAGCAGCGAAACCGAGCUAACCGAAUGGCGGCAGCGACAACGACAGCGAUAGCGAUUACUUCAAUGGCUCCGACCAGUCAAGUCGAGGCAACGUCGCAAAAUUUGCCAUCAUCUGACAAUCAUAGCGCCAUGAUUGAUAGCAGUUUCAAUUCCGAGGAUCCCUGGGAGCAGGAUAGCCUUUGGUGCGAGAGUCUGAGAAGGGUGAGCCUGCGAAACGCCAGAUCAUUGGAUAAUCUAGACAGUCCGCCGAGACCUGGAAGAUCCGGUGAUGCGAAGUCACGUGGCAAAAUCACUCGAGGAGCAACCUACGUGAACGACAGUGUUGUUUUACGCAGAGAUAAUUGCACAGAGGAAUCUUCGUGCGGUGAGCGACCGCGAGUCAAACGUAGGACAAACAAGGAUCAUCAUACGCGAGAACAGUCGAUCGAGGACGAUGACGACGUCACUUACGAAACCUUGUCGAUGGAAAUGAUCGGCACCGGCGGUUACGUGUGGGAUCCACAAAGCAAUGCGUACCACAAGCCUACCGUUUCGGAUAGGAAUCAUUUUUUAGAGGACGGCAACCUUCCCCCGGCUCGCUCGAUCUCGGACGCCCGUAUGUCCGCGACAUCGUUCGAGCUCGACCGAGAGAAGCUCCGCCAAUGGGAUUUGUUGUCGAGCGCCUGCUUACUCCAGGAACAGCAGCGCACCUCGAUGACGGACUCGGGGCGAGGGUUGCCGGUCGUGGAACAACCUGGAGAUGCUCACGAUUCACAGCUCGCCGUCGUCACGGCGGCGACCACGACAAUGAUGACAACGAACGCAAUAACGACGGCGAUAAUGACAAUGACAGCGACGCCGACGACGACGACGACGACGAUGAUAAUGACAAUGGAUACAGCGAUCGACAACGAGCAAGUAGACGUUAUCGUAAAACCAGUCGAUAUCGCGGAUGUACGCGACGCCUUGCCGAUGAAGAUGCCGAUCAAGAGGCAGGAACCAAGGCAGGAGCCGUGUAAACGGGCUACAGCGUCCGGUUCGGGAUCCGUGAUAGGCAGAGACCCGCUUCCGCCGAGAGCCGUCAGCACGUCUCAUCUGCCUCAAAGAACGCUGACUCAACCACCGACGGCGGUGUCUACUCUUUCGCUACCGAGAAACACUACCGGCAGUAACCAUCGGCAACAACCGCUUCCGCUCCAUCACUCGACUCCGCAGCAACAGCAGCAAUCGCCUAUGAGACAGCUGGAGAACGAGUCUACCGCCCAUAUAUUGAGAGCCGCCAGCAACGGCGACAUCGGCAAAUGUCCCGGCAUGGUUAUCGGUAAUGACAUGAGGGACCUGAGGUUAGCAUCGCCGAGCGGUCAUUCCACUCAGCGAUUGAUCAGCCCGAUCGGACAUUUGCGAGUCACUUCGUUAAACGACCAUCGUGUUUCCAGUCCCAGCGACAGCGAGAUACGCGUGCACAGUCCAAGCGAGAGAAAAAUGAUGAGCCCGAUCGGCAGGGAGGUCGACCGCGGCGGAGGCACGAUGACGGGUCCAAGACAAGGCCAGCAGCGACCACGCGCAGAUUGCAGCGAGCUGCUGCAUAAAAGGAGUAACAUCAGCUCCCUGAGAGCGGAUGCCAGCGGCAGGCUGGUGACACAGGCUGGCGCAUCCGGGCUGGUGCGUGUCUCCGCCGGCGAGCUCCUCGGCAGGACCCACGAGGAACUGGUGCUACUGUUGAUCCAGCUUCGACGUCAGAAUGCGACGGUCCUCAAGGCGAUGGAGACGUGCCACAUGGAGAUCGAGGCGCAGGCUAGACUGGCAGAUCUCGACACGCCGAGACGGUUAGAAAAUCUUCAAAAACUCGAGGAACUCAAGAGGCAUCUAAUGGAUCUCGAGAAGCAGUACGAAAAGAGUAAGCCUCUCGUGAACCUCGUGGACAAUAUGGUGAAACUGGGUUCUUUAUAUAAUCGUAACACUGCCAACGGGACCAGCAAUGUUUCCGGUUCUCGACACGAUCUGCACGAGAACGCGAGGGAUCAUCGCGACCGUUUGGAAUUUAACCAAAGGGUGCAGGAGCAGCGAUUGUUGGCCGAGGAACGUAGGGAUUGGGACAGGUUGAGUCCCGAUCAUGGACAGUUGCAGGCCAAAGUGCAGCAGCUCUACAAACUCGAUCGACUGCUUCAGGAGGAAUCUGGCACAUUGCAUAGUCUCCAGCAGGACAAGGAAAUACUCGAGAAAGCUUUGGGCGGGUUGCGCCACAAACUGCAAGGUAGCAGAAGCAAUUUGGCCGAAGCGGAGCGAUAUCGGAAGCAGCAACUCCUGUUGGAACGCGAACUGAGCAGAGUGAGGAUACUGCUCGCCCAUAACUCGAAGGUAAAGCCGGUAUUUUUCCAGAAACUUGAGGAAACGGUCGCCGAGAACGCGAGAUUGGAGCAAGAUUUGGUGGUAUUGAGGCAAAAGGUGCAAGCAUCCAGAAGAUAUGCCGGUAACGUCGCGAGGGACACUUCGAGCACGACCGCACCGCUAGAAGCGGAAUUACGACGAGUACAACAACUCGUCGGCGAUCUGCAGAGACAGAGGAAGGAACUGAGCAUUCAAGUUCGCCAACUGACAGAGAAAUCUCAUAGUUUGGUGCAGCAAAUUCGCCCGCAGCCACCGCACGCUCCUCAGGUGCAUCAUUCGAAGAAACGUACGCAAAAUUCUUGGUUGGAAACUGAUUUAGAUUCCGGAAUAACCCUGGACCAUGGUUUAGACUCACCGUCGAGUCCGUCUUUGUCUAUCUCACCUCCGAAUAAACAAAACGAUAGCUCCCACCAACGAUACAGCUCUCCUACCCAGUACAAGGACUUAUCCCCAUUGAAUCGCCCACAUAAUCAGCAAUCCUUUGUACAACCCUCACAAAAUCACAUAUCUACGCUUUCGCCACAGCUGCGCGAACAAAUUCAACAACACCAAUUAAAGCAACAAUUAUUGAAAGACCAAAUGCAGGGCAAGGGUAACGUGAUUCAAGUGGUGCCUCUGUAUGUUAAUACGGAUUCAAGAGUAGCAGGUGAUCAUAUUGCCGACACGAGCAAACAUAACGGAAAUAUAAUGAAUGGUACGCUAAAUCCUGCUCCGGAAUAUAUCCCGCCACCGCCGCCCCCUUUGAGCGAGGAAGCAUUGUUGUUGAAUGAUAAUUAUAGACAAAACGAAGACAACAAAUUCGCCGGAUUAAUGCACAAUCGCGAGAAACAAGAAAUUAAAACGGUGCGCAUAGUGAAACGCGAAUCGGAAAGGCGACAAAGAGAUCGCGGUGACAGAACCAGCAAUCUUGGAAUUCCUCUGACGAACGGCCUCCAGGCACCAGGCGGUGCGAAGAGAUUGUCCGAUGAUGAUUUCGGAGGCUCCCAAAAAUUCGAAAAAGCUCAGCUUGGUAGAGUAGUGGAGGAAUCGCCAAUUGUUCACGCGCAGAGCACGGUUCAGCUGUCCGAACUGGACGAUGUUCAAUUCCAAAGAAGCAUGUCUCUGCCACGUGGUUUCGGCGGGCAAAAACAGCAGACUGGAGUACACUAUGGACCCGUGGUACCUCCACCGCGAAGCGACAGUAUGCAUGCCCUGAAGAGCAUGAUGGCACGUCGGCAUAAAAUUAGGUUCGAAAGUCAUGACGGCAGCUCCGAUAGCACUCUGUCACCGUACACGGAUAGUCCUACGUCCAGCUCUCACAUGCCAAUGAGCUCUCCCAACUAUUCAACCGCCUCGUCGUACAGCCCGUGCCAGAGCCAGAAUUAUCCGUCGCAAGCGACGAUGGUCGCCGCGCAGUCUCACUAUAACAACUACUCGCUUGGACCGUACAGGCAAUACGAGAAAAUCGGCACUCUCGCGAGUGCCAUGAGCCCCGAAUUAACAUCGCCGACUAACGUCGGCAUUCACGAGAGACCGACUACCGCAACGAGGGCGAACACAAACCAAUCUGAUUCGCCGCAAUUGUCGCCAGUGUUCAAGAGCGAGGCUGCCAAACAAAUUAUCAAAGAGAUGACGGAGAAGAGGGUGGAGGGACCGAGACGAAGGCAGAUUCCUCGCGAGAAAAGGCGGCAUUACACUGUGUCUAGUAGCAAACCAGUGCUCGAUCUAGAGGAUACUUUCUCGAAGAUGGGCAUGGGUAGAGCCAGGGACGAUCUGGACAUGGAAAGAGCGCUCAGACCCAGGAUAAAUGCUCCUGACGUGGUGCGAUCAACAUUAAGUCACAAGGAGUUGAAAUAUAACGAGAGUACUAUAGACCAGCUGUUAGGCACGCCUAAUAAAAUUGUCAUUCCCGAGAGAUAUAUUCCUGAGCAGACGCCGGAGCUAACAGCAGAAGAACAAGAGCAACGCUUAAAAAAGGCGGAAGCAAUUAGGAAAAUGCUCUCAGAGACAACCGUAACUGCACCGGAAGGAGGUGAUGAUGAUUCUAACAUAGAAAAAUCAGACACCUUGAAACGCAAAGUAGUGGAAGAAAAACGGCAGAGGGAACACAUUCUCCAACUUAAUCAGAUACUGGCGAAACAAGUAAUGGAGAAAAGUAAAAUGGUAGCGGUGAAAGCUCUAGCAACGCUUCCUCUGAAAACUGAAUCAAGCUUGGAUGAUGAGGAUCUCUCGCCUGUGGCUCCUUUACCACUUUAUCAGCAAAGAGAAAACUUCUAUUCCUAAGCAUCGUUCCAAGAAUACAAACAGAAGCACAAAACUACUGCCAAUACCAAGAACAAGAAAGAAAAAGAGAAAGGGAACUUUUUUCUCAACGAUUAGUUAAGAAAAUGGAAGUUCAUGCAACAUACUGAGGAAGUGCUUUUUAUUUGUGCACUGAUUACAUUGUAUAUAUAAUGAUUGACUAAAUAAUACGAUAUAAUAUAAGUAAUUGUCAUUAUUUGUUAUAUAUGAUAAGAGCUCGUAACGUACAAGUACACACGAAAAAGCGUAUGAGGAAAGCGCAGACGGCAACUGCGCGAUAGAAAGGACUAUCAAUGCAUUAUCAAACGAAGCUCAUCCCUUUUUAAACACUAAAUCGAACAACAUCGCGACUUACUGUCAUUUUUUACUAAUUCAGGCGUUCGGUCGAUCAAUAACAAAUCUGGCGAACGUCAGACUUUACCCGCGACUAAUCUAAUACGCUUCCGGGCGAUAUAUUCCGGCUUUGGAGAAACCUUUACCGCGUCUCUUCGCAGAUCGAAAGUUCUUUUUCGAAAGUUUUCAAAUCGCGUAUUUAUAAGUAUAAGAGACUGUAAAACCCAUCUGACUGAAAAUCUGGUUUGGAUAUCGUUAUGUCCUUUCCCGUUUUACGUACAAUCAUUUUCACGAGGCAAACUUUUAUAUAUAAUAUGUCGACAGACGAGACUUGCGUAUCCUCGCCGAAGUGUCUGUGAGUGAAAUGGUACCAUUAGAUUUAAUGGCGCGGAGAAGAUUCUUCAUUUUCAGCGGCGAUAAACAAAAGUAUGCGAUUGUAACGCGUCAAGCAAUGAGACGAAAUUGAAAUGAA